CUCCACUUCCAGUGACCACGGUGCGAGCUUCAGCGAACACGUGAUGGCGCUGAUCUGGACGGGUGCGGGCUCCUCGCUUUCCGCCUCCGCCACCCUUCGCUGCGCCGCCCUCCCCGGCAGCGGCAAGCACGCCGACCGCCUCCUCUCCGCCCUCCACACUGCCUCUCCCCACGAUUCCGCCGCAGCCCACCGCCUCAUUCGCAAGUUCCUCGCCAAGUCCUCCAAAUCAGCUGCCCUCUUCGCCCUCUCCCGCUUCCUCUACCUCUCCUCCCCCUACACUCUCGCCAUCUACGAGCAAAUCAACGACGCCAGCUGGUUCAAAUGGAAGCCAAAGCUGGCCGCCAGCGUAAUCGCGGUGCUCGAGAAGCAAGGCCGCUACGACGCGGCCCAAACCCUAGCCUCGGACGCUGUUGCGAGGUUAAACGCAUCUCGAGACCUCGCCCUCUUCUACUGCGACCUCAUCGAUGCGUUUUCAGAGCAAGGGUUGACGCAAUCCCUCCACGAGGCCUAUGAACAUCUGCAAGAGAUUCCCUUUUCCGAUAGGCGGUUCCACGGGUCGUCGAUCAAAGCCCUGUGCUCGAUGGGAAAGCCCGCCGACGCCGAGGAGAAACUGAACGAGAUGGCAUCCUCCGGAUUCGAGCCAUCGCCGCCGGAAUUCAAGAUGGUCAUCCAGAGCUAUGGCCAACUGGGUCUGUUCUCGGAGAUGAGAAAGAUUCUCCGAUCGAUGGAAGACGCGGGAGCAGAAAUCGACACCGUAUGCUGCAACAUUGCUCUUUCUUGCUACGGCCACCAUGGCAAGCUCUCGGAAAUGGUUUUCUGGAUGGAAAAAAUGAGAGCUUUGGGUGUCGGUUUCUCUGUUCGAACCUUCAAUUGCGUGCUGAACUCCUGCCCCGUGCUUCUUUCAAUUUGCUCAAAAGGAACAAUUCAAUCCUUUUCCGAGUCCAAUUCAAGAGCUCUUCCUCUUUCGGUUGAUGCUCUAUUGAAGAAGCUGGAGGCCGACUCACUUUCAUCAUCGUCAAGCACCGAAGCCUUGCUGGUUAAGAAUCUAAUUGCUUCGUCUGUUUUGGAUGAGAACUUGGAGUGGUCUUCCUCAGGGUCGAAAUUGGAUUUGCAUGGAUUUCAUGUCACUUCAGCAUACAUAAUCCUAUUGAAUUGGAUGCAGGAGCUGAGACUGCGGUUCUCCAAGGAGAAUGCAGUGCCACUGGAGAUCUCCAUAAUCUGCGGAACAGGGAAUCAUAGUCAAAGAAGGGGACAAUCUCCGAUUAAAAUUUUGGUUAGGGAGAUAAUGUUUCAGACAAGUAGUCCAAUGAGAAUUGAUCGAAAGAAUCCCGGAAGGUUCGUUGCUAGUGGUAAAGCAAUCAAAGAAUGGUUGUGCUAAUUCCAAAUGGCAGGGCUUAUGCUUCGUCCUGCAUGUGUGGAUGAUCUUGCAGAAGGCAUUUUGAAGGUCUCUUUUCCUCUGAUGAUUUUUGUUGCUUGUCCUCGCUUAAAUGGAAGGAUCUUUGGGUUGCAAUUCUUUUGAGAUCCCAAUCAUCAUUUACUGGGAAUUCCAUACAAGUUUCUGAGAUAUAUCAGUAACUUGUGGAGCAUCAAUUUGUAUAGGAUUUGCCAAGCUGCCUUCCGAGUUGGAGUUAUCGCAUGGAAUCUCUUCUUGUAUGUGAAACAAUCUCAGUAAUUUUUACUGCAUUUUCAAAUUGAAUCAUGUUUCGUCAAUUCUCUGAUUCAUUGCAGUAUCGGAAAAGGUAAACUUUGUCUUUGAAUUUAUUAUUAUUAUUAUUUUUUUUGAUGUAACAGCAUAGCGUCCAUGCAGCAUUGCAGGGCACUGUGCUCUCAUGCGAUGACAAACCUAGGAUGUUAGCUA